CCCAUUCUUCUUCUCGGGGAGUGGUUCUUGGAAGAACCCUAAAAAAUACUUCUCUAGAAGGAACUAGAUGGUGAUUCUUUCGCCGCCUUCCUGCUGCGAUUACCAAUGCGGCAGACGCAUCGCCUUGCUCGCCGCCACAGCUGCCGCGGCAUCGUCGACUCUUGCCGCCUCCGCCACUCCUUCGUUCGAUCUUGUUGACACGAGCAUCACCGAUCGAGUGUUCUUCAAUCUGGGGCUAUGCCAGAGCAGCAACACGCCCGCGGGGGGCCGGCCGACGUGCAGCGAUUCCGAUUCGCAGCCCCUUGGCCGUGUCGUGAUCGGCCUCUACGGCAAUCAAGUGCCACACACAACCCGAUUGAUCAAGGCCAUGGCCACCGGCGCGGCGGGGAGCUCCUACCAAGGCACGGUCUUCCACAAAGUGAUCCAGGGCCGCUACAUCCAAGCCGGGCACCAGGGAUCCAAAGAGAAGGGCGAGGUUUCUCCGCCAUCGCCAGAUUAUCUGGAAUCCAACCCCGACACGGUCAGUCCCAGAUCUUUCCUCCUCCGCCACAGCCGUCCAGGAACGGUGUCGCUGUGCCUGGCCGAGAACGACGACGACGAAUCCAUCCGGCUCAAUCCGGAUUAUCGCAACGUCCAGUUCAUGAUCACCACAGGCCCAGGCCCAGCUCCCGACCUGGACAAUCGAAACAUCGUGUUUGGAACUGUUCUUCAAGGGAUUGAUAUUGUGGCAUCGAUCGCAGCCAUGCCGACUUUCAAACCCAGCGACCGAGUCCGCGAGUUUAACAACAUCGCCCAGAUCUUGGGCGACGUCCGUGCUAGCAAUGCCAGGAGUUCUUGGUACAGGCCCGUCAAGCCUGUGCUCAUCACUAGCUGUGGAGAGGAACUCCGAUAAGAGUUUCAAUCAACAGAGCUCUCUCGAUGUUUGAUA